AUGGCCAACCGCUUGGCCAACGUCCACCUCAAUCAGCGAGCUGCCUUCUCCAAGCUGCUCCAGAUUCGUCAUGCCACCACACACUUCAGAGUAACGACGCCUUUACACCAAGUUCAACAUCAACAUCCGCUUCGACGCACAACGAACCGAGCACGAACUAUAAGGCUGGCCACCACGGCGGCCGCAUUGACCGCGGCAGCGACCAUUCUGCAUACAACGAACGCUCUGUCAACGACAGGCGCAGGCAUAGCGGUGGCGACAGCAGAGAAAAUGUCUUCUGCAAUGGCGCCGAUCGCAGCUCCUGUCGCACUGCCAUUGCAAGCCACUGCCACGCCCUUCACUGAACUGAACGCCACACUGCUGGGCAGCACAGCGGCUGCCCUGCUCAGUAAUAUCAGCAACAAUGACCUCCUGGAAGCGGCCAAUAGUACAGUAAUCAAUGCCAUGGAUUGGCUCGACGACGUUAUCUGGGUGUUUACGGCUUUCGUUAUGCUGUUCAUAAUAAUUGCCGCCAUUUGUGGCAAUCUGCUUGUUAUUAUUUCUGUGAUGCGUGUUAGAAAAUUAAGAGUUAUAACGAAUUACUUUGUAGUUUCCUUAGCCAUGGCUGACAUAAUGGUCGCUAUUAUGGCCAUGACAUUUAAUUUUAGUGUGCAAGUAACUGGGCGCUGGAAUUUUGGCCCAUUCGUGUGCGACCUGUGGAACAGCCUGGACGUAUAUUUCUCAACAGCGAGUAUUUUGCAUUUAUGUUGCAUAUCCGUGGAUAGAUAUUAUGCGAUUGUUAAGCCGCUGAAGUAUCCGAUUAACAUGACGAAACGCGUUGUAGGCAUUAUGCUGCUCAAUACAUGGAUUUCACCGGCACUGCUGUCAUUCCUGCCGAUAUUUAUUGGCUGGUAUACGACCGACGAGCACAAGUCCUUUGUCAAAGAGAAUCCGGAUGAGUGCACCUUUAAGGUGAACACCUACUACGCCAUCAUAUCUAGCUCGAUUUCGUUCUGGAUUCCAUGCACCAUCAUGAUCUUUACCUACUUGGCCAUAUUUCGAGAGGCAAACCGUCAGGAGAAACAGUUGAUAAUGCGGCACGGCAAUGCGAUGCUAAUGCAUCGACCUUCAAUGCAGCCAUCAGGCGAGGCAUUAAGCGGCUCGGGCUCAUCGAAAACGUUGACACUGCACGAGGUCGAGCAGGAGCACACACCGACUAAGGAUAAACAUUUAAUCAAAAUGAAGCGGGAGCACAAGGCAGCCCGCACACUCGGCAUCAUCAUGGGUACCUUUAUACUCUGCUGGCUGCCAUUCUUCUUGUGGUACACACUCUCCAUGACCUGCGGACCAUGCCAGGUGCCAGAUAUCGUUGUAUCCAUACUAUUCUGGAUUGGCUAUUUCAAUUCUACGCUAAAUCCACUUAUUUAUGCCUACUUCAAUCGCGACUUUCGCGAGGCUUUCCGCAACACACUGCUGUGUUUGUUCUGCAACUGGUGGAAAGAUCGCCACUUGCCCUUGGAUAUUGACAUUCGUAGGUCCAGCCUGCGAUACGAUCAGCGGGCCAAGAGCGUCUAUUCAGAGAGCUACCUCAACUCAACUACCCCUUCCCAGCGCCGGCAGUCUCAGCUCGUCGAUAACUUAUAAUACAGGGAUGAUGCGCUGCUGACGCCAAUAGCUCAGCAGCAGCAGCGAUUGCAAGCGGGAAGCACUGCAGCAGCGGCUGCGGCGGCAGUCAGAUCGAAGCACGACGAUUUAUCGGCAGAUGACGUGCAGGAGAUACAAAUUGAAAUUCCGAUGGAGUACAUAAACAAAUGGCAGAAAAACAACAACAAGGCAGCCGCCACGGCGUCGAGUCAUGUGUAAGGAUGGCAAGUACGUAAAGGAUGUGUAUGCGAUUGAGUGACGACGGCAUUGACAAUGGAAACAGCAACAAAAGUAUCAACAACAACAAAAGCGAGGCAGCAAUCAAUUUAAUGAAAUUAAAAUUUUCCAUUAAUUUGUAAUAUUAAUAUGCUGGCUCAUGCCGUGUAUAAGUACAUAUAGUAUAUACAUAUUCGAGUAUGUGUAUGUGCGUGUAUGUGUGCGAUUUUCAUACAGAUUUAUGCGCAUACUAUAUAAA